AUGAUUGCUUUGGCAUUAGAAAGGAUAUUUAUAGCUUGCGUUCUUAUCGCUAUAGCCGCACUACUGUUGGCAAAGCAAUGCUUCGACACGGUUGAUUUUAUUCCGUUUGUUACCGCCUACAGCACAGGAAGUUGCUCGAACGAGAUCAGAAGUGGAUCUGCUGACAGCAGAGCCCUUGAGGCUCAUGCCAAGCCUGACCAAUGUCUCCCUUCUGGCAAAUAA